AUGGCUCCUUUCCGAGGCGGUGGCGGUGGCCGCGGCGGUUUCGGUGGUGACCGUGGUGGCCGCGGUGGCGGUCGCGGUGGUUUUGGUGAUCGUGGUGGUCGCGGCGGUGGUCGUGGCGGUGGUCGCGGCGGCUUCGGUGACCGCGGUGGUCGUGGUGGUGGCCGUGGUGGUGCCCGUGGCCGUGGCGGCGUUGGCAAGCCGAGGGGUGGCCGUGGCGGCGCUGCUGGCGGCCAGAAGGGAGGCCAGAAGGUCAUUGUUGAGCCCCAUCGCCAUGAGGGUAUCUUCGUUGUCCGCGGCAAGGAGGACGCCAUUGCGACCCGCAACCUGACUCCCGGCGAGUCUGUCUACGGCGAGAAGCGUGUCUCCGUCGACAACCCCGUCACCAACGAGGACGGCACCACCACCAACACCAAGAUCGAGUACCGCGUGUGGAACCCCUUCCGUUCGAAGCUGGCUGCCGGUGUCAUCGGUGGUCUCGACAGGAUGUACUUCGGGCCCGGCUCCAAGGUCCUCUACCUUGGUGGUGCCUCUGGUACUUCCGUCUCCCACGUUGCCGACAUUGUCGGCCCUACCGGUUUCGUCUACGCCGUCGAGUUCUCUCCCCGCUCUGGUCGCGACCUGAUCGGCAUGGCUUCCAAGCGCACCAACGUCGUUCCCAUUGUCGAGGACGCCCGUCAGCCCCUCAAGUCGGCGGGUGGUAUCUCAUCUCCAUCAAGGGCCAACUGUAUCGACUCCACGGCCCCUCCCGCCAAGGUCUUUGCUCAGGAGGUCGAGAAGCUCCGCGCGGAGCGCAUCACCCCCAAGGAGCAGCUGACACUUGAGCCCUUCGAGCGUGACCAUUGCCUGGUCGCUGCUGAGUACAACCGUUACGGAAAAUAA